AUGAAUGGGCCUGCCUUGACGAGUGAUCCAGCAAGUUGGCUGCAAGACGGCAAAUCGUUGCUCCAUAUGAAUAUGGUGCCAGGGCCAAAGGAUGACGUCAUUUUUCACGACAUGGGAGCUUUUCAAAUAUCGAUCGACGAUCAGGUUACUAUCAACUCUCUCACGCUUUCCAAGGACUGGGUGAGUCUUAACAACAACAUCAUUUAA